AUGGAACAUAGUAACCACACCAGAGUGACCCAGUUAAUCAAGCAGAGGCUCUUUGACCAUCCUCACCACCAGGGGCUGUUCUUUGGGCUAUUCCUAUGCCUUUAUACAGCUGUUGUUAUGAGCAAUUCCCUGAUUAUUGUGGCUAUUGUCAUCCACCCACCUCUCCACACUCCCAUGUACUUCUACAUCGCCAUUUUAUCCCUGGUUGAUAUUUUGUUCACUUCCUCUAUUGCAUCUAAAAUGCUGGAAAACCUGAUGCAGGAGAAGAAAACCAUCUCCUUUGGAGGCUGCAUCACCCAGUUCAUUGUCAUCACAUCGUCACUGGCGACGGAGCUUCUGCUGCUCACUGUCAUGUCAUAUGACCAGUAUGUAGCCAUUUGCCACCCUUUGCAUUAUGUAAAACUCAUGAACAAGGAAAUUUGUAUCAAUUUAGCAGUCAGUGUCUGGGCUGUCUGUACCAUCACUUCAUUUGUCAAUAUAUUGCUUGUGCUGCCCCAUUUCUUCUAUGAGUUCCCAACAAUACUGGUGCUGUCCUGCAGCUCCACCUAUGUCAACGAAAUCAUGAUGUUCAUGGCUGACAUCUUCCUGGUCAUGGGGAACUUCAUGCUGACCACCAUGUCCUAUAGCUUCAUUAUCAUCACCAUCUUGAAAAUCCAGAGCUCCAAAGGGAAGCAGAGAGCCUUCUCCACCUGCUUCUCCCACCUGCUUGUGUUUACAUUGUACUAUUCCACCACCAUCUACACCUACAUCCAGCCGACCUCCAGUUACUCAUUGGAUAAAAACAAGAAGGUGGCCAUAAUGUACACCCUAGUCACUCCCACCCUGAACCCUGUGAUCUACAGUCUGUGCAAUGAGGAGGUCAAAGUGGAAAUCAAGAAAAUCCUUCCAUUCACUACAAAAUAA